GAAUUCAAAUUAUGUUUUUCGGAAUCACGAACUGUGACAGAACCCUACUAAUUAGAGUUAUUGUUUCUAGAAACGGCUCCUUUCCCAAGCCUGCCCCUCCUCCUGGGCGGUUACGUGUGCUAUGUGUGUGUGUGCGCGUAGACCUGUGUGUAUGCACCUAGGCAUGUGUGAAUGAAUGUGAGUGAAGUCAUGAGUGCGAGCAUGCGUGUGUUUAGACAUGGACGCCCCCGACCUACAGAAGCGGAGCCGACGGAGCCGAGCUCAGGACCGGAGCCGCCACGCCGCCUGCAGAGGCCGGUGGGCGGUGGUGCUGCAGAGGAGCCUGGUCCAAGCUGAAAAAGGAACCACAACGCCAAGGACGGUGAAGGUGACUAAGCUAAACUUGUUCCCAUCAUUAUGGAAAUUGCAGCCAUUGGAGUUGGUACUGCUGCCGGUGGUCUCGCAGCUGUAGGAUUAGCCCCUGUAGCUUUAACUGCUGCUGGUUUUACAAGUUCAGGGGUGGCCGCUGGUUCCUUAGCAGCUGCUGUUCAAAGCUCAAUUGGUUGCGUCGCUGCUGGGAGUACAUUUGCAGCUCUACAAAGUGCUGGAGCAGCAGGUUUAGCUUUAUCAACAAAAGCUGCCGUGGCCGUUGGUGGGGCUAGCAUUGGUGGGGCGGCAGUCGCCGCCGCAACUGGAAAGACAGUUGCAGCUGUGCAAAGUGCUGGAGCUUCAGGUUUAGCAUUGGCAUCACAAGCUGCCACAGCCGUUGGUGAGGCUGCAGCAGCCAUUGCUCCUGAAAGCACAGUUGCGGCAGUACAAAGUGCUGGAGCUGAAGGUUUAGCGUUAGCAUCACAAGCUGCCACAGCCGUUGGUGGGACUGCAGCCACAGUCACUACGGGGAGUACAGUUACAGCUAUACAAGGUGCUGGAGCUUCAAGUUUAGUGUUGGCAUCAGAAGCUGCCGCAGCCGUUGGUAAGGCAGCAGCCACCAUCGCUACAGGAAGUACAGUUGCGGCUGUACAAAAUGCUGGUGCUGCAGGUUUAGCAUUAGCAUCACAAGCUGCCACAGCCGUUGGUGAGGCGGCUGCCGCCUUCGCUACUGGAAGUACAGUUGCAGCUGUGCAAAGUGUUGGAGCUGCAGGUUUAGCAUUAGCAUCACAAGCUGCUACAGCCGUUGGGGAGGCUGCAGCGGCCAUCACUACGGGAAGCACAUUUGCAGCUGUACAAAGUGCUGGAGCUUCAGGCUUAGCGUUGGCAUCACAAGCUGCCACAGCCGUUGGUUUCGCUGCAGCCUCCGUCGCCAAUGGAAGUACAAUUGCAGCUGUACAAAGUGCUGGAGCUGCAGGUUUAUCGUUAGCAUCACAAGGUGCAACCGCCUUGGCUACUGGAAGUACCGUCGCAGCUGUACAAAAUGCUGGAGCUGCAGGAUUAACCUUAGCAUCGCAAGCCGCCACGGCAAUUGGUGGGGCUGCAACCGCCGUCGCUACUGGAAGUACAGUUGCAGCUGUACAAAGUGCUGGAGCUGCAGGGUUAGCGUUAGCAUCACAAGCUGCCACAGCCGUUGGAGGGGUUGCAGCUUCUGUCGCUACUGGAAGUACAGUUGCAGCUGUACAAAGUGCUGGAGCUGCAGGUUUAGCGUUAGCAUCGCAGGCUGUAACCGCCGUCGCUACUGGAAGUACAGUUGCAGCUAUACAAAGUGCUGGAGCUGCUGGUUUAGCGUUAGCAUCACAAGCUUCCACAGCCGUUGGAGGGGCUGCAGCUGCCGUCGCAACUGGAAGUACAGUUGCAGCUGUACAAAGUGCUGGAGCUGCAGGUUUAGCGUUAGCAUCACAGGCUGUAACCGCCGUCGCUACUGGAAGUACAGUUGCAGCUGUACAAAGUGCUGGAGCUGCUGGUUUAGCGUUAGCAUCACAAGCUUCCAUAGCCAUUGGUGGGGCUGCAGCCACCGUCGCUACUGGAAGUACAGUUGCAGCUGUACAAAGUGCUGGAGCUGCAGGUUUAGUUUUAGCAUCGCAAGCUGCCACGGCAAUUGGUGGGGCUGCAGCAGCCGUCGCUACUGGAAGUACAGUUGCAGCUGUACAAAGUGCUGGAGCUGCAGGUUUAGCGUUUGCAUCACAAGCUGUAGCGGCCGUUGGUGGAGCUAGCACUAGUGGGGUUGCAGCAGCCAUUGCAGCGAUUCUCCUGUAAAAAAAUUAAGUGAAAAAUGAUAAUAUAGCCUGAUACUGUUUGCUGCUGCAAUGAAAAUCAAAAGCUGAAAAUUUUUAUUAACUAAAAUGUAAAUUUGUACUGAAAAGAGGACAUUUUUUCUCACUGUAAAUACUCAUUUGCAAGUAAUCACCAUUUGUAUUGCAUGGAUUUAUGUUGGUGUUUUUCGUAGUAAA